AUGAUCAACAGAAAAUUAUUCAAAUUUGGAAAAGGAGUUAAUAUUCUUUUUGUAGGAGAAAAAGAUUGUGGUAAAACAUCAUUAAUUACAAGGUAUAUUAAUGAUAUUUAUUUUGAUUCAAAAUUAGAUCAUGAAGAAUCUAGAUUAAAAGAUUUUGAAAUGAAUGGAGAAAAAGUUGAAAUUAAAUUGCAUGAAUUUAGACAAAGUGAAUAUAACGAAGAUGAGACAGUAUCAAUUUUUAGGAAAGCCAAUGCAAUAAUUUUUUUAUUUCCAUCAGAUGUAGGAAUGGAAGAAAUGCAAAAAUGGAUGAUGUAUGUUGAUAGAUUUAUUACAGACGAUAAACUAUGGUUUAUUAUUCAAACAAAAACUGACCUUGGAAAAAUGGAUAUUCCUGUAGAACAACGAAGGACAUUCACUUUCAAACAUUCAUUUAAUCAAUAUUUUGAAGUUUCUUCAAAAACAGGAGAAGGUGUAAAAGAAACUAUGGACAUUAUCAUUGAUUUAACAGUAAAAAAAUUUAUUCAUUUUGAUGUGGAUGAAAAACCAGUUAAACUAGAAAAACGUCAAUGUGUUAUUGUUUAA